UAAAAAUCUGCCUUGAUUUGGUCAUUGCCCCUAAUGAAGCAUGCAGAGAUUCUUCUUAAAAUUUUUCCUCAAGUGCAAUCAGAAUUGUUUGAAAACGGCUGGGAACCCUCGAGAUAUGCGCCGGUUCCAGGUGGUGUUAUCAACAACAGUGAAUGUUGAUGGGCAUGUCUUGGCGGUAUCUGACAAUAUGUUUGUUCAUAACAACUCAAAACAUGGAAGGAGGGCGAGAAGACUUGACCCGUCUGAAGCCACACCCUGCAUCAAAGCUAUCAGUCCAAGUGAAGGCUGGACAACAGGUGGAGCCAUGGUGAUCAUUAUAGGAGACAACUUCUUUGAUGGCCUACAGGUCGUAUUUGGGACCAUGCUGGUAUGGAGUGAGCUGAUAACCCCACACGCCAUCCGUGUCCAGACGCCCCCUCGUCACAUCCCCGGUGUGGUUGAAGUAACAUUAUCGUACAAAUCUAAACAGUUUUGCAAAGGAGCCCCUGGCAGAUUUAUUUAUACAGCAUUAAAUGAGCCUACCAUAGACUAUGGUUUCCAAAGACUCCAGAAAGUUAUCCCAAGACAUCCGGGUGACCCAGAGAGACUAGCCAAGGAGAUGCUGUUGAAACGAGCAGCUGACCUAGUUGAAGCACUGUAUGGAACGCCACAUAAUAAUCAGGACAUUAUAUUGAAGCGAGCUGCUGACAUAGCAGAAGCUCUCUACAGUGUCCCAAGGAAUCCUGGCCAGAUCCCUGCUUUGUCUAGCUCUCCAGCGCACAGUAGCAUGAUGGGCAUCAACUCCUACAGCAGCCAACUGGGAGUCAGCAUCUCAGAGUCUACACAAGGGAACAAUCAAGGUUACAUCCGCAACACAAGCAGCAUCUCUCCCCGAGGUUAUUCGUCCAGUUCGACCCCUCAGCAGUCUAAUUACAGCACCUCCAGUAACAGCAUGAACGGCUACAGCAACGUCCCUAUGUCUAACCUGGGCGUUCCUAGCUCGCCUGGCUUUAUUAAUGGCUCUCCCACAGGAUCACCGUAUGGCUUGAUGUCUUCGAGUCCAACUGUCGGUUCCUCCAGCGCUUCCUCCAUCCUCCCAUUCUCCUCCUCUGUCUUUCCUGCUGUCAAACAAAAGAGUGCCUUUGCCCCAGUCAUCCGACCCCAAGGAUCCCCUUCCCCAGCUUGUUCCACUGGCAAUGGGAAUGGGUUUAGAGCUAUGACUGGUCUUGUUGUUCCUCCAAUGUAAAAGAAGAGGGAUUGUUGGAAGUCCCCCCCCCAUUUCUUUCCUUUUUUUACAGCACAAAAACUACUUGUCGUUAUGGAGCUAAAAAGAGAUGGGAAAAAAAAUCAAGAAAGCACUAUAAGUUCUAUUGGUGGGGGAAGCGAUGCACAGGAAAAAAAGGGGGGACUCUUUUUUUCUGGAUCGGCUCCCCUCCUCUGUUCCCGGUUUGCUUGCAUCAAUAUCCAAGAACAUUUAAGAAGAGGGAAUUGCCAAGAUCCAGGUGUCCACUGCUUAUGGGAUUGAAUCUGCAGACCAAGUCCACUUGUUUGUUUGUUUUCUUAUGGCUACAAAACCUUCCUAACAUUUGUAAAAAAAAAAUAUAUAAAAGUAAAAAAUUAAAAAGAGGAACAGACUAGCCAACCAUUCAAGCUUGAUAUUUUGGAUACUCUUUUUGUUUUACUUUGUAGGGGGGAAAAAGUUGAAGUUUCUAUUUUCUAUGGAGCCUUUCAGAUACCAAUUUAGUUUAUGCAGAAAUAAAUAAAUAAAUAAACCAUGAAACAGGGUACCAGCAUGGAAGACUUUCUUAUAAAACUGAUACGAAUGGUGGAACGUGGAUGUAUGUGUGUAUUUGCCUAUAGUUUAAUCUCUUUUAAAAUGGAAAAAAUGUAAGAUGUUUUACAAUUAUUUAAAUAAAUAAACUUGUAAGUUAUUGUAUGUAGAGGUAGAAAUGGAAGACUUUGGGGGGUGGGAGGGUUUUUUUUCCUCCUGUUUCCUGUUGUAUAAUGAACAACAGCAAACAUUAAUAAUAAUAAUAAUAAUAAUGCAAAAAUGCAGCAACAAACUCUUGUAGAAUCGGUCUUUACUUCUCUCCUGCUCCAUAUUGAACCAUGUACAAGAAUGUCUUAAAUUCUUCACAAAGGACUCAUCCACAAGUUUUUAUACAGCAUAAUGGUAUAUAUGCAUAUAUAUAAAUAUAGGACAGUAGUUAAUGUAUGAAUAUUAUACACUUUUUCAACUUUUGAUUCAAUUAAGGUUUCAGGUAAUGACGUACAGUAAGCUGUCUAGUUUCAUACAUCCUAUCAGCAACUAUGUGACAUGUAUGGGCUUUUUAAAACCAGGUAUUCGUGUGGAACUGUCAUUACUUUUCAGGUUGUAAUAUGCACAAGAGGUAAUGGAGAAACUUUCUCCAGUUGGUUGCUCUCCUUGCAGUAAAGGCAGAAUGCUGCAUAUGUUUCAGGCAAUACUGACAUGUACAGAUGAAGGUUGAAAUUUGUGAAUGACUCAAUGCUGGCAUAAAUGACACUCAACAUUCACUAUGCGUCCUGGAACUGAGGAGUAUUUGUGAAAAUUUGUCCUGGAGUCACAUCAUAAUUCUAAAUUUGUCCAUAUUCACAUCAUAAUGUCAACAGCCAUCAGAUUUCAAUUAUUCAGUGUAACAGUAACCAAAGUCCAAUUUUUAAUUCCCAACUAGAAUACAGUCAUCAAGUCAGAACUGCUGGAUAGCGUAGUGGUUUAGGUUGGGAGUUCGAAUUCCCCACUGGGCCUCCUUGAUGUUCCAUAGGGUCCCUUCCAGCUCUGCAAUUCUAGGAUUAUUAUUACUAUUAAGUCAACAAGACUUUGGUAUAUCAGCAUAUACAUAAGCACCACUGAUUCAAUGACUCUUUUCUAAUUUACAUUAACAGUUGCAGUUAGCUCAUACAUUUGAUUAGAAACCUAAUACAGUGGAAGAGCAACAAUACAUCCAGAAUUCCAGUUAGAACCGACAUUUUGAUCUCCGACAGAUCACUGUUUUCCAUCAGUUGGAUGUGAAGCUCUAUCUAUCAUUAAAAAAAUAGAUAAGAAAUGUUUCUCUGUUCAUUUGGAUAGACGGACAGGUUGGGUUCAAGCCUAUAUGUAACAGGUUGCUUCACUGAAAUGAGCAAGAAAACAUGCUUUCGAAUGAGAUCCCUCUGUGCAUGCAAACUUACACAGAUGUAUAAUUUGGGGCAAUGAUCUCUAGCCGCUCAUGAACAAUGUCCAUGGCUCCUCCCUCAAUGUGCUGAUCGCUGGUAAAAGCCUGGCUGAAACUUGGUAGCUUCCUUAAGACCAUCUAAACCCCCUUCUGUUGCUGUCAUUGUAACCAUCUCUACUGGAGUCCCGUUAUGUUGAUAAUAUGCCUAUAAAAACCUAUUGAUCACUUAUUGGCUUUUUACAAUAUACUAUUUAUAUAUGUACCUGUAUUUUAAGGUGAAACCCAACCUCUGUGCACCCAAUGAGGGUAACUGUGU